UAUUGAACGGGAUCUGUUACGCGAGUUGUUCCGAACGUCACAGAUCAGAUCAGAUCAUUCGUUCACUGACAUAACCCGUUAAGAUCAUUAUCGAAAUACAGUUCUGUUAUCAUUCAUUGUCAUUGGUCAGCCCUAAUACAGUGCAGUAGGUCAUUGGUCACUCAGAUUGCUAGUGUUUAGCAGGUUUACUCUUACAAGACUGUGGGUGAUUACGGGUGUGUUAAUGUUAUUUUGACCUUAAAACAAUAGUUAAUUACGUGUAAUGUAUGAUAUAUCAUUUGUACUUGUGACAUGUAAGUAAACUUGUAUUGCAAUGUUUACUGGGAAUUAGUGACCUUUCCAUAUAAUCGUGCCUAUUGUAUUAAAAAACUUAUUGUACUCAAAUAAACACUUUACAGCCAUAGUAUAAUUUCAAGCCGUUUGGUCUUUGGCGCAUUGCAAGCUUUAAUUUCUAGAUCUGAAGGUGAAGCGAGAUGGCACUGACUGAUCUGCCAGAGGAAAUCAUCGAGAAAAUAGUGGAAAAAUUUAGUGUGAAAGAUCUGCUUGCUUGUAGUGCGGUUAGUUUAGAGUGGAGGGAAACAUUCAAUGUUGAUGCGUUUUGGAGGAGAUUCUGUUUCAGAGAGAUUAAGGACUAUUUAGAGAAUACUCCUUGUGAAGUAGAACCGGGCUUUAGAUUGCCAGAAGAAAAUGAGGUUCGGCUACAGCCUCUGUGUAGUUGGAGAAUUCAUUACAUGCGUAAAGUUCAUUUACUUAAUAACUGGAAAAACAACAGAUACUCAGCAUUAAGUUUUAGGACUAAUUUGGAAAUUAUGUCAAGUGAAGUCAAAAUAGAUAGUGAUGGCAUCCAUUGGAUAUUUAUCAUGACUGAAACUGCACUUGAAGUAUGGAAUGUAAAUACAAAACCCCAACUCCUUUAUGCCCAAAUUCCUAUAUUUGACUGUUGCCCAAAUACAGGUGUAUUUCUAAGUGGAAAAACGCUUGUUAUUACACAAUGGAAUGUGGCUAGUGUGUACGACUUUAACAAUAGUAGUGAGCAUUGUAAAAUUCUUUACAGGUUUUUGGUUGAAGAAAACAAACAUCUUCCGUUAAGGUUAUUGAAUUCGACCGAUAUACUUGAAGCAGAUUUUAUGAAUCAGGAUGACGAUUUUCGGUUCAUUAAUUUUGAAAAUAUUCUGGUCAGUUAUAAGCGUAUACCCAAUCCCUUGAUUGAUUCAUCCAUGCAUCUGUGGGACGUUUUCAAAGGAGUGAAACUGUCAGUUGUGUCGAUGUCAACCUCACUUUCUGUUGAAAACGAAAUUGCUUUCACUAACAUAUUUAGGAUAGAUAAUUCGAGAGGGAUGAUUCGUCACGUGUUUCGUUCACCAGAUAGUAUAUUGUACACAAAACUUGUUGUGUACGACUUCAAAAAACUAAAAUUCACUAAUAUAGAUAUUACGUUUGAGGGCGUUACAGUUUGGUGUGGAUAUGCCCAAGAUGUUAUUGUGACAUUCACUUCUCAUCCUGGCACAAUUAAGUUUUACAGUUAUUCAGUCGGAAAGUUGCUAUGGGUGAAAGAAAUAGGUGAAUAUACAAACUCAGAACAGAUGCAACUGAUUGAUUCGUAUUUGCUGUAUUGUAUGUUCAACUGUUUGAACGUGCUCGAUAUACACAAGCAAGAAGUCGUGUACUGUCUUGCGUUCAGCUUCUACUCGUUCGUGAGGAGACUGACUGUGAUAGAGCCACAAUUUGUUGUCGUCUGGCUCCUGGAACGAGGAGGGAGCCCUGGCUGUCCGACCUACUACCAGGAAGUGUGGGACAUCAAGGACUUAAACAAUAAGCUUUUGGAAUGUUCCAGUGAACUCGGUUAUGAGUUGUUUUCUCAUAGCUCUUCUAUUAUUAAGCAAAUAAUCAGUCACGAUGGUAUGCUUUCUGUGUACACAUUUUGGUAGUUGUGUUCAUAAAAUAGAAAAUAAAUUUGCAAACUCAUUCUCUCCAAAAGAUCUAAUAAAUGGAUAUAUUGUUAUUUUUUUAACUAAAGUGUAUUGAUUAACAAUCAGUAAUAAUGAUCAGUAUGAUAUAAUACUCAACUAAAAUGUACAUCCACAUUGCCAUAUAAAACAAAAGCGACAUAUUUCAAACAUAAGAGUCCCUACAAAAUAAAUAUUUAGUUCAUUUCAUUACUAACUUUAGGGUUUAAUUUAUUUAAAUAUAAUAAAUAUCUAGUCAUUAGCAUAAAUAUACUCAAAUAUUAGUUUUGAAAAUGGUUAUAAUACUUUAUAUGGUGUUAUAAAUAUGAGAUACUAUUUGGAUUUAAAUGUGAAACGGCCCAUACCAUACCCAUGUUAUAUACACUUCAACUAUCAUUUAUAAAGUAAUGAGUACGUAUUUGUUAUUCGUUUUAGUAUUUCAAUUAUAAGAGAUAAUUAUAGUCAAUUGUAAAACUAAUUAAUAGUAAAUAAAUAAACCAAAAGGUUAUUAAACAGAAUAAUAUUGUAUGUGGGCUACAAUAUUUUAUCUUGUAAUUCAUGUCAAAUAAGACAAAGAUAUUUUUUCUACAACAUCCCACUCUGUGAAUGAAUCUAUGGAACAUAAUAACGUAAGGAACUAAAAUUAGAUUGUAAUUAAUUGUUUCUGAGUUUAAAAAUUAUCAUAAUUUCUAAAAAUUCUGUUGGUAUUACAAGAAUUUUAACAGUUUAUAAUAUGAAUUUUUAUUAUCAUCUAUUAUUAUCACUAUGGCCUUCAGCUUGCAAUACUAUUAUGAAGUAUUAUUGCAAAUACACAUGUUUUCUAUAUGUACGAAAUGUAUAAAGUGUGAUUCAAUAGUUAUCUACAAAUUAAGGGUAUUUUUGUAUUGUAAUUAUAUUACUGUACAAUAAUGAUGUUAUUUAUUUUUGUACAUCUGAGCAUUCAUUGUGUGUAGUAUAUACUGUAUACUUAAAAUUUGAAAAUAAUGUUGUUCCUAUGUAUACUCUUAAAAAUGUGUUAAAUCUAAAAAAUAUGCAUUAGUGAUUUAUUGUUUCUUUCAGCAUAAAAAUAUUUCUGCAGAUUAAUUUACUUAUCUUAUAAAGACUAAUAUUAUCCUAAAAUAAAAUACACAGCAAAUACAUGUUCUAGAAAACAUAUUAUUAAAAAAAGUUUAUACUUAAAAAAAGAAAAUGUUAGUAAAAGAGGAGCAGAUUAUGUUCAUAUUUGUAAACUUUUGCGUCAGGGAAUACUUUUGAACAGGGUACAUGGGAUUGGAGUAUAUAAAAAAGAGAGGGAGACUAGUGUUAUCGUUUUCGUGUUAAUAUGUGUUCUGAGUUACUAAAAUCUAUGUAGUUUUUGAACGCCUUCAUUACACUAGGUUGCAAAAUAGUUCUAUAUGGAGCGUUUGAAUGAGUAUAACAUAAGUUGUGACUUAAAAUUAAGUGAUGACAUACUGAUGGGUAAUAAAGCACAUUUAAUGUUAUUACUAGAUGAUUAUAAGUACUGAAUAUUAAAUCGAUUCAACAGGACAAUUAUUAAAAUAACAAAAUCACUCCCAGAUCUUACACAAGCUAACUCGAGAGAAAAAGAGUUAAACUUAAAUUAACAAUGGAAUUAAUUUAAAUGACGAAUGCUUCAUUAUUGUUGCUCUUAUGAAGCUGUUGUAACAUUCUUAUUAUAAUUUACCCUUAUUUUCUAAAUUAGUUAUUAGAAUUAUUAGUACAAAUUAAACAUAAAGUAGGACCAUCCUAUUUUGUAUUGUUUCUGUGUAUACCAAUAAAGAAGUGUUAGUUUGUA